AUGUUUCCUCUCGAGACUCGCUGUUUUGAAGAGGAGAUUCGUGAGAUCGUGAGGCAAGCAUUUCCACGUCGACAUCUUCCUGUGCGAUUUUAAAAUCGGUCUUUCAAGUUAUUAUACGACUACGACAUGUACGUCAGUGAAGCUGUAUACAGAAGGGGUUUUCUCGGUCAACUUCCAAUACACCUGGAUUCAUCCCGUAUCUUCGCCUCGUUCGAGGGAAGCAGUUCUCUACGGUUAAUAAUGCUCGGAAACCGUUUUCUGGACGAAUUUGUUUAUCACGGCACGGAGACCGUUGUUGGUAAGGAGGCUAGGAGGAGUGUUCCAGCUGUCCUUGUACACUGGGCUUCGACACUUAUGGAGACGUUCUCACCACGAUAA